AUGGAUUCUCCCCUGGAAAGGGCCAGCCCCAGCGCGGCCGGGCAGUAUGGAACUCUACUUCCACCCGAACGGCAUACGGUGAGCACUUUUCAGGCUGGGGUCGCUCUUUUCAAGGCGGUUGUGGGGCCUGGAGUUCUGUUUCUGCCGUCUGCAGUUAAGAAUGCAGGUCUGGUCUCAGCCCUAGGCGUAAGCCUGGUCUGUGGGGUUUUGGCAAUUUGGUGCCUGCUCUUGGUGCUAGAUACAGCUCAAGUCCUCCGCAGGAAUGGGUACACCAUCAAGACCAUGAGUGAUAUUGGGCUUGCCGUAUAUGGUGUGUAUGGACAAGUCAUGGUUGAUGUUUGUGUGGUCAUUUCUCAGCUCGGCUUUUGCAUCGCCUACUGUGUGUUUGUUGCAGAGAAUGUUUAG